CCUCUUUCCUUAAGAACUAAGAAAAAACACAACACAAACAAAUACGAAUACAAAUUUUAACAACACCAUUUCUUAGUUCAACCUUCCCCUACAAAAUCCAAACCUUUUAUUAAAAAUUAAUAAUCAGAGAGAGAAUCUAGUGAGUGAGAGAGGGAGGGAGAGAGAAACAGAGAGAGACUUGAGCUCAGAUUCUGAAUUAAAUAGGUCCUGAAUCAAAAGCUAGCGCCAGCUUCUUUCACCGACUCAAUCUAUCUCUUCUCUCUCUCUCUGUCUCUGUCAAUAUCAGAUAUGGCAUUUGAUCAAAAUUCAAUACCAAAAGAUCUAAGACCGUUAAAUAUAGCCAGAAGUGUACCUGAAGAGCCCCGCAUUGCGGUCGUAUCAACUGCCAAUCAAGGGUUUUAUCCUAACCCGGUUCGUGAGCCUGGUAGCCCUAGGUCUAUACCUGUUUUUUAUCCGGCACCUGUUGCUGAUGCCGGGUUUGUAGGUUUAGGGUACAGCAAUGCGGUGGCAGCUGCGCCAGGUGUGGCCCCCACCGUUUGGGGUUCACGUAUGCCCAUGGCAGUGCCGGUUGGGCAUGCGGGUGUUAAUCCGGUUGUUGGGUACGCAUAUAAUCCCAAUUUGGGGAGUAGGGUUGUUGGGAAUGCUGUUGAUCAGGCUAGUAGUGAAAUGAGGGCUGGGUUUGGUUAUAGUCAUAAUUUGGGGAGUAGGGUUGUUAGUGGUGGUAGUGGUAGUGAUCAGGUGAAUAACAAUGAUUUAGCUACGGGUUGUGGUGUAAUUCCUAAUUUUGGGAAUAGGGGUAGUGGUAAUGGGAUGGAUCAGGUUAGUGAUGAGGGUGGGGAUGAUUCAGUAUCCGGGAAGAAAGUUAAGUUUUUGUGUAGUUUUGGAGGCAAGAUUUUACCUAGACCAAGUGAUGGUAUGUUGAGAUAUGUUGGAGGGCAAACAAGGAUUAUUAGUGUGAGGAGAGACGUGGACUUUAAUGAGCUAGUGCAAAAGAUGGUGGAUACUUAUGGGCAACCUGUAGUUAUCAAGUACCAGCUUCCUGAUGAGGAUCUUGAUGCAUUGGUGUCAGUUUCGUGCCCUGAUGAUCUAGAUAAUAUGAUGGAUGAGUAUGAAAAGUUGGUUGAAAGGUCUUCAGAUGGGUCAGCUAAAUUAAGGGUGUUUUUGUUUUCGGCUUCGGAGCUCGAUCCUUCUGGGAUGGUGCAACUUGGGGAUAUACCUGACACUGGGCAGCGAUAUGUUGAGGCAGUGAAUGGGAUACCAGAUGUAGGUGCUGGUGGUAUCAUGAGGAAGGAGAGUAUAGCUAGUCAGAGUUCAACACAGAAUUCUGAUUUUAGUGGGACUGAGGCUAUCGAUGGUGUAUGUUAUGGUCAAGUGGAUGGUAGUGGGCCUCCAUCAAGCAGCAUAUUAUCACCAAGAGAGAAUUCUGGCGCUUCUCAUGAAAUAGCUCCAAAAAUUGUGGGUGUGGAUCCUAGUACUGCAUUUUAUGCAGAUGCUUCGCCUGUUUCAUUAGGCAUUCCGAUUGUUAGGUCCAGCCCUCCUCAGACUUUAUCUUCUCAGCCUGAGGUUGAUUCAGAGAGGGCAGCAGCCUUUGCCGUACAGCAGCAACAAAUGGGGGUUGAUCUGCAUCAACCUGGGGGGGAUAUUCCUCCAGCUGGGACAUAUGUGCAGGCUUAUUUGGAUCCUCGCCAAGAGGUUAUAGGCCGUCCUGACUAUAUACAUCUUCCUCCACAGAUGGCAUUCGCAAAUCCUCAACUGUUGGGGCAUGCCGCACCUAUACUUAAUCAACAGCAGCCUUGUGAUAAUGCACCUGGCCUCCCUUCUCAGCAGUUUAUUCCCAUGGGGCACAUGACAAUGGGUCCAACAUCAUCUUAUGUUGGUAUAAGACCAACUAUGAUUCAGCCCUUAAUGCAACCACAACAAACUCGGUUGGAGCGUUAUUCUGAUGAGAGUACAUUGGGGACGAGGCUUGUUCAGCUACCUGUUGAUCAGAACUACAAUGUGUACCAGGGCCAGGUUCCCCCCGCCAUUGUUGGAGGAGCUUAUGGUUGGCCUCAAGUUUCUCCAACAGAGCAUGUUGUCUUCUCUGAUGGAUCAUUGUCUCAUCAACAUGUAAUUAUUCCUCAGAAAAUCCCCAAGUUGGAUGACUGUCAUAUGUGCCAAAAAGCAUUGCCUCAUGCACAUUCAGAUCCUACGGAACGAGACAGUGUGACAAGCCCUGUAACUGAUUCGAAUUCAAUUUAUCAUAGUCUUCGCAUAGAAGAUGCAAUGGGAACUCGACCAGUAAACAGGGUUAUGGUAACUGGAGCCUUGGGCGAAGGUGUUGUUGAACAGGGAACUGUGCCUCAAACAACAGUCUUCAGUCAUAUUGAUCAUCAGGUUGGAGCACCUCAGUCAGAGGCUGUUGGGCUCGCUCAGAAUGUUGAGGCUCUGCGUGAAAAAGAGCAAAUCCUCCAGAGAAUAGACCAUUCCGACCUUCCUAGGAUUGCAGUAACCCAUGGUGGGAUUGGGGUGGCAGGUGAUGUACAACCAUCUUACGGUGUGUUCGCAGGUGCUGCAGCUGUUCCUCUGUCUUGCCAAGAAGAACUUUCAUUGCCACCAAACUACCAGGUCAAACAAGAAGCCUUACUCAACAAACCUGUUAACAGUGAUGCCCCUCUUGUGGGCCUCGUACAUGUAAAAUCUUCAGAACACCUGACUCAUGAAUCUCCAAAAGAAUAUUCCAGCAAACUUCCUGUUGUCUCUAAAGAAGAUACCAUAAACCCUUGCACAUCAUAUGAACAUAUGAGGCUGAUUGAUGGGAUGAUGGAAUCUCUCUGGGUAUGCCCCACUGAUAAUAUAAAGAAUGAACAGAAUAAUUUACCUGUUGAUAAAAUUAGAAAGGAUGAUAUCUUGGAGUGCAGACCUCAGCAAAGAGUGGGAAGGGAGCAGCUUGUAGAUAACACCUUUAGCCAACCCCCAUUAGUUCUUGACACAAAUCAGAAUAAAACGACUGAAGUGCUGCCUUCUUCCAGUGCAGAAGUUCCAUACAUGAAUAAUCCUCAACCCAUGGAAUCCUAUGAGGUAGCACAACCUCCCAUUACCGGUAAUCCUGGAUUAUAUCAACAGUCAAACGGUGGAACUCAUCACGUGGAUUCUGGUGAAGUUCGAUAUGGCAACCCUGCAUUCUCUGCUGCUGAACCAGUUCAUUUGGUUGGUAGAAUUCCAACUGCUGCUGAUUAUGAAGCCAUCCCUGGAAAUGUUAAUACAUCAUCUCUAUCACCAUCAAGCAGGGUUUGGGAUUUUCAGGAUUCCUCAAACUCACUGUUUAGCAAUCAGGAUCCUUGGAAUUUACAACAAGAUACUCAUGUUCUUCCUCCUAGACCUAACAAGAUCGCAACAAAAAGGGAAGCCUUUCUUCCUGUGGAUCCUUUCAGUGAGAACCGUUUGGGCAAGAGUGCUGAAUUAAUUACAGAUGCCCAAUUUGAGGAUGCAGUUCAGCAGCCUCUGAAUGAUGCAACCAAGGAUUUCAAUUCAGAGCAUACAAUCUCAAAAAAAGGAUCAUCUGAGGAACUCAUCAAGCAAGAGCUUCAGGCUGUUGCUGAGGGUGUAGCUGCUUCUGUUUUUCAGUCAGCUACAAAUUCUAAUCCUGAUUCAGUGGUACAUGAGAAAGAUGAGUCUGCUUACGAAAGCAAUCAAGAGAGAGGAGUUCAGGAUAGUGAUAUAGAAAUGAAGCACAAAGCCAAACUUGAGGGUAUGAAGAAUAAAGUGCCAGAGAAGUUGAAUUUUGGUUUUCCUGCUUCUGAUGUUGGUCGCUUGCAGAUUAUAAAGAAUAGUGACCUUGAGGAGCUGCGGGAACUGGGUUCUGGAACCUUUGGCACGGUUUACCAUGGGAAGUGGAGAGGUACUGAUGUCGCAAUUAAACGAAUCAAUGACAGAUGUUUUGCUGGAAAACCUUCAGAACAAGAGCGCAUGAUUGAUGACUUCUGGAAUGAGGCCAGUAAGCUCGCUGAUUUGCACCAUCCAAAUGUGGUGGCUUUCUAUGGUGUUGUGCUUGACGGCCCUGGACGCUCUGUAGCAACAGUAACAGAGUAUAUGGUUAAUGGUUCUCUAAGAAAUGCUUUGCAAAAGAAUGAGAGGAAUCUUGAUAAGCGUAAGCGUCUCUUGAUUGCCAUGGAUGUGGCCUUUGGAAUGGAGUACUUGCAUGGAAAGAAUAUAGUACACUUUGAUUUAAAAAGUGACAAUUUACUGGUUAAUCUUAGAGAUCCUCACCGCCCAAUAUGCAAGGUCGGCGAUUUGGGUCUAUCUAAGGUGAAAUGUCAGACUCUGAUCUCAGGGGGUGUUCGGGGAACACUUCCAUGGAUGGCGCCAGAGCUUCUGAAUGGUAGCAGCAGCCUGGUCUCUGAAAAGGUUGAUGUGUUUUCAUUUGGCAUUGUGCUGUGGGAACUUCUCACCGGUGAAGAACCAUAUGCAGACUUGCACUAUGGGGCAAUUAUUGGUGGUAUUGUGAGCAAUACAUUGCGGCCACCAGUGCCGGAAUCUUGUGACCCAGAAUGGAGAUCUCUGAUGGAGAGAUGCUGGUCAUCUGAGCCAGCAGAGAGACCAAACUUCACUGAGAUUGCAAAUGAAUUGCGGUCAAUGGCAGCCAAGAUUCCUCUCAAGGGACAAAACCCCCACAGCAAGCCUCCUAGGCACAACCCCAAGUUGAAAAAUAGUUCAUGCUAGUUGCUGGCUUGCCAGUGGCUUUCCUACUUUUCUUUACCAGUUUGUUGAAUUCUUUAAAUCUUUGGCCAUACGAAGGCAUGCUAUGUCUUCACCUUGAAAUGUAACACAGAAAUGGUUUUCUUUUUCACACUUUUUCCUGAUACAAAUUAUAGGUCUUAUACUUUGUGAAGUUACGUUUCCCUCUGUUUCAAAUGAAAGAAAAUGUCUCAAGAUGCAAAUUA